AUGGAUUUCACUCAUGCACAGGCUGCUCACAAGCCUACAGCCAUGGCACUUCACCUAGUGGACCAUCUUUUUAAAAGAGAUGUGUUGUUUAAAUCAACUGUCCAUGGAACAAAGGAGUAUGCUCCCCCAGACCAAGACAUAAUUACUGCAAUUAGAGUAUUAUCAGGGCAAGCAACAGAUGCUCUAAAUUAUAGUUGUGAGGACAAGCUUAUAGAUGGUAAUAAAGACCUGAUGCAGUUCUUUGAAGAAAUAAUCAAAUGUUUGUCAGAAGAAAACUAUGGCCAAUGUUCUACCAAUACAGACAAGUGGAUACAACUUUCAAGAGUUUUUUGUGAGAUAUGUGGACAAUUGGGUGAUGAACAGAAUAUUCAAAGGGAUCAUUUGGCGCACUGUAGAGAAGGUGAAGAAAACUACUUUGCUGAUGGUGAGAAGUCUUCAUGUGUGUCAUAUGAGGUUAAUAGUGACUUGCUGUCCAAUUCAGAAAACUGUGGUGGAUCUAUCAAUAGGAACAUGCAGGGCAAUGGUGGUAUACAUAAUGAUGAGCCUGAGUUGUAUUCUGGCUCAAGAUGCAAUACCAUUUAUGUGGAUUCCACUGCAAGCUCUCAGCUUGGAGCCACAGGGCAUGGUUCUGAAUGUGAAAGCCUCCUUCUUGUUGAGAAAGUAGAGAAGAAAGAAAGAGAUCAGGACCCUCAACCAACUGACACCUUGUCUUAUGACAAAGUAGAGAAUUGGCUACAGUUCACCUGCUCUGCCAAUGGCUUGCCAUCUCUGUCUCCUUAUAUUCCAGAAUCAUCAGACUCAGAUCACAAUGAUACUCUUACAUUGCUUAAUUGUGUGGAGUCUGCAAGAGCCAUUAUGGAAGGAAGAAAGAAAAGAAGAAGAGCAACAAAUUGGUGGAGUAGGGGAGGAAAACAUGAAGAGGAAGAAGGAGAGAAGCAGAUCUCAAGACGAGAUGGGGCAAAGAAAGACUACAAAGUUGAGAAAUGGCUGAAGGUUGUGUGCGCUGCUAAGGGCUUGUCUGCUGGUGAAUUGACGUCACUUCUGUCUUGUAAUGUUCCCUCAAGUUUAGAUGCAGCUCACAACGAUGAGCUUUCGUUGCUAAAGGGUGUAGAGACUGUAAGAGUUAGAUUACCAGGAAGAGGAGAAAGAGAGAGAGAUGCAAAAUCUUCUUACAGUGGAGAGAAAAAUGAUGUCCAACUUUUCAAAGGCGACCACCAAGACGUGGCAAAGCAGGCAGAGGCUUGAGCAGCCAUAAGCAAUCAUGAAAAAAAAAACUCAUCACGAUGAAAACCUAGUUUGUGUUAUUUUAUGUGUAAACACCUCGAGCAUCUCUUACGCUUCGUUCGUGCUCCCCAACUAUCCGCGUGUAUCCUGAAUUGAAGCUCGCUAGACAUUGUCCAUUCUUUAACUUUUUCAUAAUAUUUUAGCCAAUCAGAGCGCGCAUUAGAAUGUAGCUAUGUUAUAAUAUAGGA